AUGUUAACUCUAUUGCGACUAACAGUGACUAUAAUAGUCAUCAAUUUAUUAUUGAUUUUAUACACCGUUUAUGUCUUUUAUUACAAAUUCUCUGCAAAUUUUCCGACAAUUGCUGAGAGUGUCCAACAAAAUGUACAAAAUAUUGAUAUAAUUGAUAUUAAAAACAAUAAUGUCUUGAAUACAUCACAUUUGAUGACUAUUGAGAUUUGGUCGAAGGCCGCGAUUGGUCUUUAUUUAUGGCAACACAUACUUCGUGGCCAAAUCGAGACCCGAACUGAAAACAAUGCAUAUAUAUCGGGUUCAGUCAAAGUUAAUGAAUUUAAAUUUAAGUUCAGAAGUGGUCCGCUGUUGAUAACAGAAUCAUUGCAACACUUAUCCGCACAGAAUCUGAUUCUUGUACUCAAUGGCAGAGACAAAGAUAAGAUUAGAUUUGCUACCGAAUGGAUUGAAGGCGUGAAGAUAGUUAAGGACAAGAUUGCUAACAUAGGAAUUGUUAUGUUAGGCGAUGAAGACUGUCAUAACAAUUGGAUCAAACCAUACAUUGAAUCCAACGGAGGAUUUAUUAAAUUCUUAUUCGUUGUCUACGACUGGAAAGCCAUAGAUAAUCACGAUAUAUAUCAAUGGCCAUUAGGUUUGGCCACUUAUCGCAAUUUUCCUAAUCCGGAUUUCAACAAAAUUAAUUUUCAGGCGAGUCGUCCGUAUGUUUGUAAUUUUGUGGCCACUAUUUAUCCCGAUUCUUCACGACAAGAGUUAAUAAAUAUAUUAAAUAAUAAAUAUCGAGAUAUUUGUAUAAUAAAAGUAAGAUAUGAAUGGCAACCAAAAGAGACAACUGAUUCACUUAAUUAUUAUGUGGAAGCACUCCGUCUGAGUGACCUAACAUUGAGUCCGAUCGGUCGGAAUCACGAAUGCUAUCGAAUAUUCGAAGCCUUGUCUUUCGGAUCGGUUCCUGUCGUUGAAGAGAAUAUGAAUCACACAAAGAAAACAAGUUGUGAUAAAAAUGAAGCCUAUCGUCUUCUUAAAGAAGCCAAUGCGCCAUUGAUUUAUGUGUCCAAUUGGACACAAGAUUUACCAAAUAUAUUAUCAAACGAAUUAAAUUUAAGUCUUGAAUACAAAAUACAAAGACGUUUAUAUAUUAUUAAAUGGUAUUCAAAGUUUAAAACAUUAAUUAAAUCUCAAUUUCUAAAAGUAAUAAAUGAGAAAUUUGUUUAA